UAUAACCUGAAUACCUGACAAAGGCGUUGUUCAGUGCAUUGUGAUCUUGAGUGUCGAAAAUGGAUGUAAAUAGUAUCCUUCUAAUAUGUGUUGUUUGUUUAAGUUUUAGAUUAUCAUCUCCGUUCGUGGUUAGUGGAUUAAAUGUAAUUGUUUCAUCCCUGCAAUGUGUUGACGAAGUAUGUGAACAACGUGCAACAAGAUAUGGAAAUGAACAAUCAGGUGUGCAUCCUUACUGUGAAAUGGAAAUCAGGCGUGGUAGACUCAGGGGAGAUUGUGAAGAAAGUGCAAAUAUUCAUAAUGUGUGCCCUCAACAAGAUGAUUCAUCGUGUAGAUGUUAUAAUCAGUCCUGUAUAGAUGGUGUUGUAGAAAAAUAUAGACAACAAUUACAACUUCAUAGGAUGACGUAUACUUGCCUGAAGGAAACUUGUCACGGAGAUGAACAUUGUCAUAUUCACAAGGAAUACAAUGAAAUUGUGUCGUCUUGCCAUGGUGAUAUGCACACUGAUCAUAUAAUGUGUGUAGAUCAUGACUCUGUGACAUCAUCAAGAGGAUGUUAUUGUAGUACAGCUGAAUGUGUGCAGAGAACAGAUAGACAACAAUUACAACUUCAUAGGAUGACGUAUACUUGCCUGAAGGAAACUUGUCACGGAGAUGAACAUUGUCAUAUUCACAAGGAAUACAAUGAAAUUGUGUCGUCUUGCCAUGGUGAUAUGCACACUGAUCAUAUAAUGUGUGUAGAUCAUGACUCUGUGACAUCAUCAAGAGGAUGUUAUUGUAGUACAGCUGAAUGUGUGCAGAGAACAGCCCUCCACUGCUUGGGAGUUAACUGUCAAUUUACAGAGGGCUGCCGCAUUGAUCAAUAUAGUGGUCAAUUUCAAGCAAGUUGUUAUACGCUGCACUCAUGCCACCAUUGGCAAGAUAGAGACGCCUGUAUACCUCACUGUCCUGUGCCAUUAAUAUUUGGUUCUGGACAUGAACCAUGUCACUGCAAUUCUCAAUACUGUGCGGAUAACAUUCAAGUAUACAAACCAACAACAAGCACACCUACUACAACAGAUUUUGUUUUACGUAUGUACAUAACAUAUCAUCUUUUAUUUGUUUAG